CAUGGAGCCAAGCAACGAUGAAAAUAAGAAGCCAUCUACUAACAAGAACAGACCAUCUACUGAGGAGGCCGACCCAAUCGAUAGAGAUCAAAAGCUAUCCCUAAUCAACCGCAAAUUCCUGAGCGGACGAGCGUUUGAACCACCUCCGGACCGUGACAAUUUCCUUGGCUUCCGCCCACAGUACUUCUUCUUCUACGGCUCUCUUAUGGAUGCUAGGCAACUUCGCAAGAUACUUCAGCUCCAAGAAACUCCCGCCCUUCAAUCCGCUAGCAUUGUAGGGUGGGAUAUAAUGCUAUGGGGCCAAUAUCCUGCUUUGAUCUUCAAAGCUAAUACCAUUACUCAUGGAAUGGCCUACGAGGUUCAGAAGGAGGAGCACGUUGAAUACCUGAUGCGCUACGAGACAGACGCUUAUAGGGUCAAGGGAUGCAAGAUUAAAUUGGCGGAUGGAAGAGAGUUGGCUGGAAAGACUUUCAUUUGGAAUGCAGGUAAGGAGUUAUUGAAGGAAGGAAAUUUCGAUCUAAAGGACUGGCAGAUAGAGCAGCUUGAGAAGUAGCUACCGAAGACUGAUAGCAUGGAGGGUUCAUCUCAUAAUUGAUGACUUUAAGGCCUACUAUAAUACCCAUCUUUGGGC